UGCACAUUCUUUUGAGCAAGAGGUGAACAUGGACAAAGGCUGUUCUACAGUUUGUGUAUUGAUUGUAGCACUUUGUGCAUUGGUGCACUUUGGCACUGUUUUUUCCACAGUGAAAACUGGUGGCAUUUUCACAGAAUGUCCACGCCAUCUUAAUCUUGCUCUGUCACGUAAGGGGUAUGAGGACUGUCCUAGAGACCACAUAUGCUGUGUCUACGAUGGUGAAGAAGUCUGUGUCCCUCCUGUUUCCACAAAGCCAGGAGUGUGUCCUCGUCGGCGCUUAGACUUUGGACAUUGUGCUGAAAUUUGCUCUAAUGACAGAGACUGUCCUAAUAAUGAGAAGUGCUGCUCCAACGGAUGUGGACAUGAGUGCAUGGCUCCAUUGUCAGAAUGCCCAAGCCAUCUUAAUCUUGCUCUGUCACGUAAGGGGUGUAAUGGCUGUCCUAGAGGCCACAUAUGCUGUAUCUGUGAUGGUGAAGAAGUCUGCGUCCCUCCUGUUUCCACAAAGCCAGGAGUGUGUCCUCGCCGGCGCUUGCACAACAGGCGUUGUACUAAAUCUUGCUCUAAAGACAGAGACUGCCCCAAUAAUGAGAAGUGCUGCUCCAACGGAUGUGGACAUGAGUGCAUGGCUCCAUUGUCAGAAUGCCCAAGCCAUCUUAAUCUUGCUCUGUCACGUAAGGGGUGUAAUGGCUGUCCUAGAGGCCACAUAUGCUGUAUCUGUGAUGGUGAAGAAGUCUGCGUCCCUCCUGCUCCCAAAUGUCCACGCCAUCUUAAUCUUGCUCUGUCACGUCAGGGGUAUGAGGACUGUCCUAGAGACCACAUAUGCUGUGUCUAUGAUGGUGAAGAAGUCUGUGUCCCUCCUGUUUCCACAAAGCCAGGAGUGUGUCCUCGUCGGCGCUUAGACUUUGGACAUUGUGCUGAAAUUUGCUCUAAUGACAGAGACUGCCCCAAUAAUGAGAAGUGCUGCUCCAACGGAUGUGGACAUGAGUGCAUGGCUCCUGUCAUAGAAUGUCCACGCCAUCUUAAUCUUGCUCUGUCACAUAAGGGGUAUGAGGACUGUCCUAGAGACCACAUAUGCUGUGUCUAUGAUGGUGAAGAAGUCUGUGUCCCUCCUGUUUCCACAAAGCCAGGAGUGUGUCCUCCUCGGCGCUUAGACUUUGGACAUUGUGCUGAAAUUUGCUCUAAUGACAGAGACUGUCCUAAUAAUGAGAAGUGCUGCUCCAACGGAUGUGGACAUGAGUGCAUGGCUCCAUUGUCAGAAUGUUCACGCCAUCUUAAUCUUGCUCUGUCACGUAAGGGGUAUGAGGACUGUCCUAGAGGCCACAUAUGCUGUGUCUAUGAUGGUGAAGAAGUCUGCGUCCCUCCUGCUCCCAUAAAGCCAGGAGUGUGUCCUCACAGACACUUGGGCCACGGACGUUGCCUUGAAUCUUGCUUUAAUGACAGAGAUUGUCCCUUUUUUGAGAAGUGUUGCUCCAAUGGAUGCGGACAUGAGUGCAUGGCUCCCUACAAAGUAAAGCCAGGAGUGUGUCCUCGCAGGCGCCUGGGCUACGGACGGUGUGCUGAAUUUUGCUCUAAUGACAGUGACUGCCCCGACAAGGAAAAGUGCUGCUCCAACGGGUGUGGACAUGAGUGCAUGGCACCGUACGUAGUGAAGCCUGGCGGCUGCCCCCUGCCUGAGACCACCCCCAUGUGUGCUGAGUACUGCUAUCACGAUGGUCAGUGUCCAGGAGAUCAAAAGUGCUGCAGGACUACCUGUGGUCAUGCAUGCAGUGAGCCCUGCUAAGGAAGUCCAUCAUCUACAUUAAACAUCUCUCCUUUUUAAACGGACACAUUUUUCCCACAAAGAAAAAGUGGCCUGUUUGCAUUUAUUCCUUGUUCUCUUUUUUUUUACCGCCUGUAUUCUUACUUCAGUGUGAAAAACAGUAUAUCUGUUCCAUUUCUAAUUAAAGCCUUAGAGUAUGAUGCAUUGUUUUUGUUGUUUUUGUAUGACCAAUAAAAAUAGCCCAAUCCUGUA